GAUUGUCGACACACCCUGUUUUCUCUCUACAUCUUAUCGUAAAAUAGAGAUUUAUUGAAGAUCACUAUUUAUUUGUUAAAAUAUACUUUGAAAUGUUUCAACCCGAGGAUUAUGGUCUAGAUGUCGACUUUAGACUUACGACGUUUUCCACACUACGAGGGUGAGGUUGUAAAAUCCCCGAAGAGAAGCUUUUGGAAUAUCUCAGGGGAACAGAAAUAGUAUCUACUAAUACAGGCACAAACAAUGACGACUUUAUUGGAUCUGGAAUGGAUUGCGCGGUUAUUCCUCUUUCACGGCACAAGGAACUAUCUUUAGUUCAAACUGUAGAUUUCUUUUAUCCGCUUGUUGACGAUCCUAUAAUAAUGGGGCAAAUUGCUGUGGCCAAUGUUUUAAGUGACAUAUAUGCUGUGGGAGUUACUGACAUUGAUAAAUUGGAAAUGCUUAUAAGUGCGCCCUCCAAUCUAAGUGAAAAGCAGCGUGACAUUGUGGUGCCUUUAAUUAUGAAAGGAUUCCAAAGAGCUUCAGAAAACAGCGGUUGCUAUGGAAAUAUUAUAGUCAAGAAUAUCGUUGUUAAUCCUUGGUGCAUUGUAGGAGGAAUCGCCACUUCAGUUUGCCAUAAGCAAGACAUUAUUUUACCAUCCAAUGGGCAAGCUGGCGAUGUUUUGGUUUUAACAAAACCCCUUGGAACGCAAUUAGCAACGAGCGCGUUGAUUUGGCAAAAUGAGAAAAAUGAUAAAUAUGAAAAGAUUUUAUCAGCGUUAACUGACGGCGAUAUAAACGACUCUUUUCAAAUAGCAAUUUCAUCAAUGAAGUAUUUAAACCGAAAUGCUGCUCUGUUGAUGCAUAAAUAUGAAGCACACGCUGCAACGGAUGUGACCGGAUUUGGUCUUUUGGGUCACGCCAAGAACCUGGCUCAAUUCCAGAGGUCACCGCUCUUGUUUAAAAUUCAUACAUUACCCAUUAUUAAGAAUAUACUGAGAAUUAGUCAGCUGGUUGGACAAAGUUCCAAAUUAAUCGCUGGAAAGGCAGUUGAGACUUCUGGCGGACUUCUCAUUUGUCUGCGACCGGAUGCAGCUGAAGAAUUUUGCAAAGAGUUUGAUAUAAUUACAAAUGGAUCACAAAGGGCAUUUCUAAUAGGCGAACUUCAAAAUGCGGAUAAAUCGACUGCGAUAUUGUCUGAAGAUGUCAAGUGCAUUGAGGUUACACUUUGAAAAAGAGUUUUAACAUACUGAAAUGAAUAUUCAACUUAUGAUUAUUAUUUCGUAAAGGCUUUUAAGCUGGGAAAUAUUAUGAAAUGUUUCAUAUGUAAAUAUGUAAUUUUUGAUAUUCAUUUCAGUGUCACAACUUGAAAUUCAAAAUAAACCUCUGUGAUUUACAUUGUAUGAUUAAA